AAAUCCGGAUCCUUCCGCCCUUCCCUCACUGCUCUCAGAUCUGCAAGAUCGGUCUUUCCCGCGCCCCUCUCCAGUGACCUUCAAACGCUCUUGUCGCCCGAUAGGCUUUUAUAAAACGGGUUCUUCUCGAUGUAGGAGAAGCCUGUGGAGACCUGCAGUAAAUGUGUUUUAAAAACCAAAAGGUAACGAGGGGCCCGGAUAACUUGGCUAUCUUCCAGCAGGCAAACCACGGUUUUGUUUUUUUUUUUAAUCACGUGAUAGGCUGAAGCUUUCCAGCCAGGAUUUUAACUCGGGACUGAGAGAGGCGGGACUCCAUCGCCACUUCCGGCCCCUAGAGCGUGACUUAACGUCACUUCCUUAGCAAUGCACUUUAACCCUUGCCGUCCUCGUUUUCUGUGCUGCAGUUUAUAACCCAGUCAUAGCGAAAAAAGGACCUAACUCGUUCAUUAGCCACGCAACCAUUCACAUCCAAGCGACCUGCUAGGAUUCAAGACUGGCGAGAGGCGGCGUGGCUGGGGAGGAGAAGCAGGGUGGAGCUUGAGGUCACAUGACCAGGACGACCCGCCCCUUGCAGCUGAAGUCUUCCCCUCCCUCAGUGACAGAGCCUCUGGGUCCCGUGUAGGUACUGAUUCUGCUCUUCGCGCCCCGGCGGGUCAGGUGCGACAGGAGACCUGGAUUCGGUUCCUAGCACCUACACAGUGACUCACAACAGCUUAUAACUCCAGUUCCAAGAGAUCUGACACCCCUUCUGGCCUCUGCAGGCACUAGGGAAAUCAACACAAUGGAUUUCUCCAAGCUCCCCAAAGUAUGUGACGAAGAUAAAGAAAGCACAUUUGGUUAUGUACAUGGAGUCUCGGGGCCUGUGGUUACGGCCUGUAACAUGGCAGGUGCAGCCAUGUAUGAGCUGGUGAGAGUGGGUCACAGCGAGCUGGUGGGAGAGAUUAUUCGAUUGGAAGGUGACAUGGCUACCAUUCAGGUGUAUGAAGAAACUUCUGGUGUCUCUGUUGGAGACCCUGUACUUCGCACUGGGAAGCCCCUUUCAGUAGAGCUCGGUCCUGGCAUUAUGGGAGCCAUUUUUGAUGGUAUUCAGAGACCCCUGUCGGAUAUCAGCAAUCAGACCCAAAGUAUCUACAUUCCCAGAGGAGUAAAUGUGUCUGCUCUUAGCAGAGAUAUCAAAUGGGAGUUUACACCAAGCAAAAACCUACGGGUUGGUAGUCAUAUCACUGGUGGAGAUAUUUAUGGGAUUGUCAAUGAGAACUCACUCAUCAGACACAAAAUCAUGUUACCCCCACGCAACAGAGGAAGUGUGACCUACAUCGCACCACCUGGGAAUUACGACGCCUCUGAUGUCGUCCUGGAACUUGAAUUUGAAGGUAUAAAGGAGAAGUUCAGCAUGGUCCAAGUAUGGCCUGUGCGUCAGGUUCGUCCUGUCACUGAAAAGCUACCAGCAAACCAUCCUUUGCUUACUGGUCAGAGAGUUCUGGAUGCACUUUUCCCGUGUGUUCAGGGAGGAACUACUGCUAUUCCAGGUGCUUUUGGCUGUGGAAAGACAGUGAUUUCACAGUCGCUGUCCAAGUAUUCCAACAGUGACGUGAUCAUCUAUGUAGGAUGUGGAGAAAGAGGAAAUGAGAUGUCCGAAGUUCUCCGGGACUUCCCCGAGCUCACUAUGGAAGUUGAUGGUAAAGUAGAAUCCAUCAUGAAGAGGACAGCACUGGUGGCCAAUACCUCCAAUAUGCCUGUGGCUGCGAGAGAAGCCUCUAUUUACACUGGAAUCACACUAUCAGAAUAUUUCCGUGACAUGGGCUACCACGUCAGUAUGAUGGCUGACUCUACCUCUAGGUGGGCUGAGGCCCUCAGAGAAAUCUCUGGUCGCUUAGCAGAAAUGCCUGCAGAUAGUGGAUAUCCUGCAUAUCUUGGUGCCCGGCUGGCCUCUUUCUAUGAACGAGCAGGCAGAGUGAAAUGUCUAGGAAACCCUGAGAGAGAAGGAAGUGUCAGCAUUGUAGGAGCAGUUUCUCCACCUGGUGGUGAUUUUUCUGAUCCAGUCACAUCUGCUACUCUGGGUAUUGUUCAGGUGUUCUGGGGCUUGGAUAAAAAACUAGCCCAACGCAAGCACUUCCCCUCUGUCAACUGGCUCAUCAGCUACAGCAAGUACAUGCGUGCCCUGGAUGAGUACUAUGACAAACACUUCACAGAGUUUGUUCCUCUGAGGACCAAAGCCAAGGAGAUUCUGCAGGAAGAAGAGGACCUGGCAGAAAUUGUGCAGCUUGUGGGGAAGGCUUCUUUAGCAGAGACAGAUAAAAUCACUCUGGAGGUAGCAAAGCUUAUCAAAGAUGACUUCCUGCAACAAAAUGGAUACACUCCUUAUGACAGGUUCUGUCCAUUCUAUAAGACAGUGGGGAUGCUGUCCAACAUGAUUUCAUUUUAUGAUAUGGCCCGUAGAGCUGUUGAGACCACUGCCCAGAGUGACAAUAAAAUCACAUGGUCCAUUAUCCGUGAGCACAUGGGGGAGAUCCUCUAUAAACUUUCCUCCAUGAAAUUUAAGGAUCCUGUGAAAGAUGGCGAGGCAAGGAUCAAAGCUGACUACGCACAACUUCUUGAAGAUAUGCAGAACGCAUUCCGUAGCCUUGAAGAUUAGACUGUGUCUCUUUCCUCCUCCUCAGCAAGCUCAUGUGUAUAUUUCCCUGAAUUUCUCAUCUCAAACCCUUUGCUUCCCUAUUGUGCAGCUUUGAGACUAGUGCCUCUGUGUGUUAUCAUUUGUUUUGUUGUUUCUUUGGUAGGUCUUUAAAACAAACAUUCCUUUGUGCCAGUGUUUGAAGGGGCUCCCUGACCUUCAUCUGGAGUGGUGAAUGUAGUGCAUAUGGUACACAAUGGCUAUGCUACUGUAAACCUGUAUGUAAGGUGACUACCCCUUCCCUCAUCUCCAUUAAACUGUAAACAGGACUACUGCAUGGACUCUAUUGGGAAUGGAAGGCCAGAUCUCUGUACCUAUGGAUAGGUACUGAGGAAAUGACUCUGCAUUUGGAGUCAGACCACUUGCAACUUAGUGUUUUGUUGAGUAACUAACUGUUUUGCAAGAAAUAUUUCCAUUUAGAAACAUAAAAGAUUAAUGUUCCAAUUAUGCAUAGCUUCCCCAUUAUCAAUCAGGAGAGAUUAUGGGGCACUUGGGAACUAUUUUGUCUUUAUAACAGGCGUUUGCAAGGCUGAGCAUAAUAGAUAAAUCAGUUCCCUCUGAAAGUGUGAAAGAAAGAAAGAAAGAAAGAAAAAAAGAGCCAGGUGGUCAAACUUAAAUUAACAUCAUCUUGUUAAAGCAUAUUUUAUUUCACUGAGAGAAAUUCAAUAUCAAGGACUUUUAUAUACUCAAUUACCAAGAAAUCUUUUUUUAAGUACAAUUUAAAAAUCAUUGAAAAUGUGAUCCACAUCAUAGCCAUUCUUUUCCUCAAACUUAGGUGGACAAGCUUCUCAGAGUGGCAGUGGGAACUGGCAUGUCACAAAUAACGUAGUAGUGCUUACAGGCAGUUUGCCCCUGUAAGAACCAGCUGUGCUGUGGUAUUUCUUGGGGCCAGAGUGGCAUUAUUUUUACAAGGUACAUGUGUCAUAUGUUUGUUUGCUUGAUGAAAUUCUGAAAAACAGUCUACCAAUUGCAGAAAAUAUUACUUUUCUAUGUUUUUAUUCACUGGCUCAGAAAGCUUCUCAAAGGGUCUGUGGUCAUAGUAGCAUGACUGUAUCCAUUCUGUUGACAGAGAUGAAGUUAUUCUUGUAUUUGACUGGUAGCAAAAACUGGGUCAUAAAAAAAGGAAAAGAUCAAUUUUGUCUCACUGUUUCAGUAUGUUUAAAUAAUAAUUUCCAUGUUUGCAUAAUGAGGCCCAUUUCUGAGAGCUUGGAGAGCUAGCCCCCUGAUCACUCUCUGUGCUGAUAAUGCUGACACCAUACUUCCUCUUCAGGACAGGGAAGGGUAUUGAACAUGUCUGACACUCUCAAGUACACAAGUGUGAUAACAAAGUAUUUCUUUUAAGCCUUGGUAUGUUAUUUAAAUUAUUAGGUGGUACAUUUCUUUUGGUCUUUUGGGUAGACAUAGUCAGUCUACAGUUCAGACAUAAUGUGUAAAUCCUUGCACAGUGCAUGUCUUUACACAGUGGACUGCUGUUCCGGAAGGAUGCUCUUCCAGGUCACAUUUUAAAAACUGUUGAACAAUGUUGACAGAUGUGGAUUAUGCAAUGACUUGUUGAGAUAUGGAUUAAUGGUGCUGCUUAAUCAGUUUGCUUCCAAUGUGGCUUUGUAUCCAGAGGCCCCUGACUAGUGGAAAUGAAAAAGAUUUCAAAACCUUUCUACUUAGACCUACCAGCAAACUAGGUUUGUGAUCAGAGUGAAUGAUCCAAAGAAACUACUUGACCAAGUUUGUUUUUUGUUGUUCUGGAUUUGGGAUGUGCAUUAUUUCUCCUUUUAAGAAUAUUGAUGUAUGAGUGUGAAGAAGCUAGAGAAAUGUUGCUCAGAUCUCCACUGUAACUUUCCUUUUAUCCACAUUGUAGAGUUUUGGAUUGUUCACUGAUAGUGUUUCUUUAGUAAGGAUAUGUUAAAAUUCAGUGAUCUUUUAAAAAGAUUAUGCAGUUCUAUUUAUUGUGCUGUGCCUGGACAUGAGUGCAGCCAGUUAAACAAGUUUCAUAAGUAUUUUUCCAGUGUUAAAUCUCACACCUACACCCUUUGGAAACUUCCAUGCUGGACAACAAAUAGAAGAGGCCAUAUAAAUUGCCUCCUUAUCCUUAAGAUUUCACCGUCUUUAUGUCAAGAGUAAUGUAUAAUUAUUAAAAUCUAUGAAAAAUAAAAAGUGGAUUUAAA